CACUACACUCCACCACCUUGUGCAUGCGCUACUCACUCCCCAGAAUCACACUGACCACUGUUCGAUACAACGCCUCGACUUCACCAUCACGAUUCCCAUACCAGGCGACCCAGCGACCACUGUAUUCGCGAGGCCGAGUUGGCCAGAAUUACCUCUCCACCACUUCUCUGCGCUCACACAUUUCGCAAGAGUGGAAGCCACCUACAAUGGCCCUCUCGAAUGGAAGCGCUAGUCAGGUGGCCGACAUAAAGCACAUUACUUCCCAGCUGCAGUCUGUAGGCAUUUCGGAACUGCCACAGCCAGCAGGAGUGCUGCUACAUCCACAGCGCAACCCAGUCGACAUAUAUCGCGCAGUCAUCAUCGAUCAGCUGCACAAGAUCACUGGAGCAGAACCCGAGAUUGUUAAGAAUGCCGUGGCGUGGACACAGGAUCAGAAGCAUGGCGACCUGGUGCUCCCAGUGCCUGCAUUGCGGCUGAAGGGCAAGAAGCCGGACGAGCUAGCUGCUGAGAUUGCUGAAAAGUUUGACUCGCCCUUGAUUGAGAAGCCGACAGUGGAGAAGACCAGUGUUCGAUUCUUUUUCAAGCCAGAGCCAUUGGCGAAAUUCGUCCUGCCCGCCAUACAUCAGCAACAGGGCAACUAUGGCUUCAAUCCCACACUGGGCCUCGAGGAUCCAUCACAGCCGCAGAGUCGACACAAGAAGGUGAUUGUGGAGUACUCAAGUCCAAAUGUGGCCAAGGAGUUUCAUACGGGGCAUUUGAGGAGUACUAUCAUUGGCGGCUUCUUGGUGAAGAUGUUCGAACGCGCGGGUUGGGAAGCGAUAUCAAUGAACUAUCUGGGAGACUGGGGCAAGCAAUAUGGUAUCCUAUCGGAAGGAUUUGAGAAAUACGGAGAUGAGAACGAGCUAUUGAAAGAUCCUGUCAAGCACUUGAACACCGUCUACGUGAAGAUCAACCAGGACAACUCGGCAGAGCAGAAACCAGCAUCAAUACUUGCCGAGAAGAAGGCCGAACUUGAAAAAUUGAAGAAUCCACCUAAGCCGAAGAAGCAAGCGAAGAGUAAGGAAGCCGAGACAGCCUCAGCGCCGAAGUGGACCGACGAGCAAGAGCAGGAGCUACAACGGGUUACAGCAGAGCUUGAGAAGGUGCAGCAGGAGCUCGUCAAUAAGCCAAGUAUCGACGAAAAGGCACGUCGGUUCUUCAAACGCAUGGUUGAUGGUGACGAAGCGGCGUUGAAGAAUUGGCAAAAGUUCCGCGAUGAGUCAAUUAAAGCGUACGAGGGCAUGUACUCGCGUCUGAACAUCAAGUUUGAUGACUACAGCGGCGAAUCCACGGUCAAGGUGGAAGACAUGGAGAAGGUCGCUACCGUGCUCGCCGAGAAGAAGAUCAGCGAAGAGGACAGGGGAGCCGUAAUCGUUGACCUUUCGAAACACGGGUUACCUACACUUGGCAAGACACUCGUCAAAAAGAGCGACGGUACCUCGCUCUACCUGACUCGUGACCUGGCGGCCAACCUGGAGCGUUAUGAAAAGUACCACUUCGACCACAUGAUCUACGUGAUUGCAUCGCAGCAAGACGUGCACGUCAAGCAAUUGUUUGCCAUUCUCAAACUCAUGGGCCCGCCAUACAGCGACGUUGUUGCCAAGUGCAGCAACAUCAGUUUCGGCAUGGUCAAGGAUCCCAAGGGCCAAACCAUGUCCACUCGAAAGGGCACCGUCAUCUCGCUGGCCGACAGUCUAGACUCUGCAAAGGAGUUCAUGCAUGAAGUCAUGCGUCGAAACGAAGACAAGUAUAAGCAGGUGGAAGAACCCGAAGCUACUGCGGACACAUUAGCCAUCUCGGCCAUCAUGGUGCAGGAUUAUAGCGGGAAGAUGGUGAAUGGGUACAACUUUGACCUGGAGAAGAUGUGCAGCUUUGAAGGUGACACGGGCCCAUAUCUGCAGUACUCGCAUGCCCGCUUGUGCUCGAUCAAGCGGAAAGCCGAGGUAUCGGAGCAGGAGAUGCUGGCAGCAGACUUCAGUCUGAUUACGGCAAAGGAAGGCAUCUCACUGAUUCGAUCGUUGGCGCAAUGGCCCGACGUGUUUCUCAACACCUACAAGACGCAAGAGCCCGUGACGGUGCUGACGUAUCUGUUCAAAAUGUCCCACUUGUUGAGCUCGUGCUACGAUGCGAUUGACCGCAACAACAAGAAUGCAAAGACGUUGAGUGUCAUGUAUGCAGAGAGUCGGGAGAAGAAGAUGGCACUGAUGGCCAUGUAUGAAGCCGCACGGAUCGUGCUGAAUAAUGGCAUGCAGCUGCUCGGACUGACUCCUGUCGAGAGGAUGUAAUCCCGCAAUGAUGUGACAUAGCGGAGCAGUACUAGUACUAAGGUAGUCAAGUACCUGAUGAAUGCACGAAUGAAGCGACGUCGAACCUUGGACAGGACAUGAUAGAUGUCACUGACAAUAAAAGAAAAGUGAUAUCGAG